UGAUAAGCCCAAUACUAAAUAUUUUAUUUUAUUUACCUAAAACCCCAAGCAAAAGGACAAAACCCUGAUCCAAUUCCAAAACCCUAAACCCUCUGAAUUUUCAGCCAUAGCCGGACCUCAAAUGUCUCUCUUCUCGAUGCUCCGCAGGCCGUCCUACUCCGCCCUAUCCCUCGCCGUCCUCUCCGUCCGCGAUGUCGGGUCAGCACCCAUCUUUCACCGCGUGAUCUCCACCGUCCCUACUUUCAGCCCUCAGCUCAUCCGGAGAAGCUUUGUUCCAAUUCAUCCAUUCUCCACUGCCACUGCCACUGCCACAGCCGUGGAGCCGAUCAGCGAACGAAGUCUGGUCGAAGUCCUUGAGUCCGAGAUCAAGUGUGCCCAAGACGUGAAACCCAAAGAAGCCGAGGUCCCAGAGAAGUUUCCUUUUCAAAUAGUAGACAAUCCUGGAGAACAAACCAUUUUGCUCAAAAGAGAAUUUGAAGGCGAAACCAUCCAAGUGUGUGUCGAUAUUCCUAGUGUUUCCACAGGUGAAGACGAUUGGAAGUGUGAAGACCCCGGGAUUCCGAUGGUUGUGAGCAUUUCCAAACCAAAUGGACUGCAAUUGGAGCUUGGUGUUUCUGCUUUUGCAACUGAGAUUUUGAUCGAUUGCUUGUCGGUCAAGCAGCCUGAGCGUUGUUCCAAAGACCUUGAUUAUGCUUAUGAUGGACCUGAAUUUCAUGACUUGGAUGAGGAGUUGCAGAAUGCUUUCUACAAGUAUCUCGAGGGUCGAGGGAUCGAACGCACCAUGUCUGACUUCUUGUAUGAUUACAUGGAGAACAAAGACAAGAAAGAGUACCUGAUUUGGUUGAAGAAAGCCAAGGGUUUAGUUCAGCACUAAACGAAAAGAAACGGAGCUGUGUCGUGGAGCUGUAUUAGUUUGAGAACCUCUUAUUUAUAAUUUUAUACCAGUAGUUAAAUAACUAGUUAAGUAUAGUAGAUUGAGAACAUUAGGGCAAUGCUGCGCUGGUGCUUAUUAUAUGUAGUUUAGAACUAGGUCAAAUAUUGUUUACUUCUAAUGCUUAAUCAGCGGAGAUGGUGUUUCCAUACGUAUUAAGAGUUGUUUCGUGUUAAAUGAAUCGAUUACAAAUACAUUGCCUACUAAGAUGUUAUCUGGAAGUGUUUUCAGAAUUAUUAAAUGCGCUUUUGGUUUUCACAA